UGUUUUUUUGAGAGCCGGUUGGAUUCCUGCCGUCUUUUUGGACUUGAGUUUGCAACAAGAACUUGUGGGCUUUGAUUUGAAACUCCAGCAUGAGAUCCAUCACUUGUAGAUCUAGCUGCUUGUUUCUGCACUUGUUGGCCUUCUUCUACUAUGCUCAGGUAACCAAUCAGUCCCCGCCUAAUUUCACGCAGCACGUAAGCGAGCAGAGCAAAGUGACGGACCGAGUGAGCCGCCGGCUGAUCCGCAUCUACCAACUCUACAGCAGGACCAGCGGGAAGCACGUUCAAGUCCUCCCCAACAGCAAGAUCAACGCCAUGGCGGACGACGGAGACGCGCACGCCAAACUCAUCGUGGAGACGGACACGUUUGGAAGCCGAGUGCGUAUCAAAGGAGCCGAGACGGGUCUCUACAUCUGCAUGAACAAGAGAGGCAAGCUCAUUGGCAAGAAAAACGGACAAGGUCGUGACUGCAUCUUCACUGAGAUUGUUUUGGAGAACAACUACACGGCCCUGAGGAACGCCCGCUACGAGGGCUGGUAUAUGGCCUUCACACGGCGAGGACGUCCACGCAAAGGCUCCAGGACGCGACAGCACCAGCGUGAGGUCCAUUUCAUGAAGAGGCUGCCCAGGGGUCAGCAACCUGCGCAUCCGAGCCACCAGCGACCGUUUGACUUCAUUCACUAUCCCUUCAACCAAAGGACUAAACGUACGCAAUACUCCUAAUGCUUCCUUCGCUAGCCCUUCAACCAAAGGACUGAACCUACACAAUACUGGUACUACUGGUCAGAGUACUGAAGACCAUCUACAAAGAAAGGGACUUGUCUCUCCUACAGAGCAAUAGUAUAUCUUCAUGUCUAGUUGCUGUUUUAGUUUCUUUUCUCAUUGAAAAACUGUAAAUAGACAAAAAUGACAAAAAAAUCUAUUUUUGUACCGCAGACUAUAAAGUCGUGACUCAUGUGAAAUAAGCAAAGUUCUAUUUUAGAUGCACAUAAUUCAUGACAACUUAGUAGAGUGAUUUUUUUAUCUUUUACUUUUGGGAUAUUUUUUGGACUCAAAGGACCCUGAAGGACCCUGAUGGACCCUGACGGACCCUGAUAGAUUCUGACUGAGCGCACUGCCAGGAUUUCUUUUUUUCUUGAUUUUCAUCUCAAGUCAGCAGAUAAAGUCAGGGGUGUCCAAAGUGCGACCCGGGGAGCUUUUUCCGCCCACAGCUUGUCUUUCAUUGUCCCCAGGCAUAGUGUAAAAAUGAAUGAAUAUGAAAGAAUAUGACAGGAAUGAGCUUUGUCAGCUGCAAAGCUAGCAUAUUGACCUACAUUGGAUGGCAUCCUUUCAUUUGUACGUAUGCAGGCCCCAGUGGAAAGGCUUGGACACCCGUGGGUUAACACGGGUAAACUAUAUCUUUGUAGCUUUGGAGCAACAUGGCAGCUGUACAAAGAAACAAGAAGGUGUGGGCAGAUAGUACCACCACCCUCCUGAUGCUCACCCAUUGUCACCCCGUCUAUGUCUC